AUGAAGCUUUGCUUCGCGGCUCUUGCUGCCGCCUUGACGGCGACGGCGAUGUCCCAGGACUCUCCCGCUGAGCUUCUUCGUGAGCUCCAGGCGCAGCGGGCGUUGUUGGAGGAGCAGCGAAAGGAGCUGAAGCAGAUGGCCGAAACUCAGGAGAGUUUUGCUGGUGCCAUGGAUUCGGCUUGGCUGGUCCUGUGUGGCGCGCUGGUCAUGUUCAUGCAUGCAGGGUUUGCCAUGUUGGAGACCGGGUGCUGCCGUGCAAAGAAUGCCUCGAACGUCCUGAUGAAAAAUCUCGUGAACGUCAGUGUUGGAACGCUGGGUUGGUGGAUCUUCGGAUGGGCGUUUGCCUAUGGCUCCCAAGCAGGUUCUUUCAUUGGAACAGACGGCUUCUUCGGCCUGGGUUUCUACCACAAGGAUGCAGCCGGCCAAAUCGUGCCAGUGGAAUGCGAGGCGAGAGCCACACUCGCGGAGCGCAGGGAAACCGCCAUGAACAGGGGGAAGCGCAUCUCAUGUAUGCCGGUGGCUAGGGAACUCCGUGUCCGCUUCUGGCGCGCGCUUGUAAUUCCUAAGAUGGCAUGGGGCUGGCUUUUCAAGUGGCCCACGAAGAAGCUUUGCGCCAGUGUACGGCAGUGCAUGCGAAAAGUGGGACACAUCCACAAGGCAGGAUCCACGAGCUUAAUCUCCAUCCUUGAGGGCAACCACAGCGACCUCAACUUCAAGGCAGGCCAGGAUGCCUACGCAGCGUUGCGUCGUCAGGACCUGUGGAGUCAGAGGCAGUGGACGCGUAAGAUUGAGCAAGGCACAUGGCUGGGGAGGGUUCGCACCUUCCUUGCGCAACUUGGGUGGGCUGAAGUGGCUGCGUUCUCAUGGCAGCAUUUUCAGGGCGCCAGGUUUCGUUGGCAGAUGGAUCCUCAAGGCGUUCAUCUGCAUAGGGAGCUCCAUGUGCUCCGCGAGAGUUGGCGGGCCCAUUCCUUCCGUGAGUUUCUGGAAUCCAACCGGCGAGAUGCAAGUGGUCUGGCUUCACAGGGUGCCGCAUACCAUGAGGCGCGGACUGAGCAGGCCCGUCGGGCGUACAGCAAUGGCAACAGUCAUGAAAGAGCAGUUCUGAUUGGGGCGGCGCUGUCGGACGCCUUCUACUGGGAGAACCCGGCCGGGGCCACCUGCCGGUGGUGCGCGACCGGAGCUGUGCCGUCGUGGCAGCAUUUGGCAUGGGAAUGUGCUGGCUUCGCUGAGGGCCGACCCGGUGCGGGCGACGCCCUUUACAACCGUCUGGGAUGGCCUAUGUGGAGGCAGAAUGGAUGGGACACGGCGGCACUCCGCCACAUGAGCGCCACCAUCGUGAGCGGAUGCGUGGCAGAGCGCGUGAAGAGCCCCACUUAUGCGGUGUUCGCGUUCUGCAUGACCUCUUUCAUUUACCCCGUCAUCGUGGCAUGGACGUGGGGCGGCGGCUGGCUCGCCAGCAUCUUCGGUGUGGGGUAUAUGGACUUCGCAGGAUCAGGCGUCGUUCACUUCACCGGAGGCGUUUGUGGCCUUGCUGGCACGACGAUCCUCGGCCCGCGAAAGGGACGCUUCGAGAAUCCCGAGGAGUUCGAGUACCACAACGUCCCACUGGUCGUGCUCGGAACCUUCGCGCUUUGGUUCGGCUGGUAUGGCUUCAACCCAGGCUCCACCCUCUCGAUGCAUGAUAAGGAGAUGGGUGCCCUCGCGGCACAGGUGGCCAUGAACACCACUCUCUCUGCCGCCACCUGCGGGAUCACCGUGUUCUUGCUAAAGUUCGUGAUCGUGCGCAAGUACGAUGUUGGCGCGCUCUGCAACGGCAUCCUUGCCGGCUUGGUGUCCAUCACUGCGGGGUGCGGAAACAUGGAGUGCGGCAGCGCUGUGCUCACUGGCUUCAUCGGGGCUUUCUUCUAUAUGGCAGCAUCCAUGCUCCUUGUGAGACUGAAGAUCGACGACCCCGUAGAUGCCAGCCCGGUGCACGGAGCCUGUGGCGUUUGGGGGCUUCUCGCGGCUGGUCUCUUCGAUUGGGGAAAGGGCUUCGACCACUACCACGGCUGGAGCGGUUUCGGCUGCAUGGCCGGUGACGAUGGUGAGUGCCUCAAGAAUGUUGGCGGCACCGCCGUUGGAGCGCAGAUCGUGAUGAUUCUCGCCAUCAUCGCGUGGGCCGGGACGCUGUCCACGUUCUCCUUCCUGGCCCUCAAGUAUUCGGGGCUUCUUCGCAUUGACGAGCAUAUUGAGAAGGUCGGCUACGACAUGCACAAGCACUCCCCUUCGAAGGCCUACGCCUUCAAUGCCUACGGCGGCUAUGUCAAAGAAUCUUCGAGUGAGGCUUCGGGUUCAGAGGGUUCAGAGUGA